GCUACCAAAAAAAAAGUAAAAGUAACUUUGGGCCACCAUGUUUUGGUUUAGACCAAACCCAUAAUUUUUCAUUAUAUCACUUUCACUUUCCUUUUGUUAUUUGCAGGCUAAAAGAAGUUGAACAGAUAGUUAAGAUUACGAAUUGCAGAAAUUGAAGAAGAGAUAGUUAAGUUUGAGUUAUAAAAAAACAUGGCAAAGUUGGUAGAUUUGUUUGUUAUUUGCUUUUUACUCUUUACUUCUAUUGCUAGUGCACAUUUUAUGGACACUUUCCUUGUAGUUGGCAAAGUUUACUGUGACACUUGCCGUUGUGGCUUUGAGACCUCUGCCUCCAAGUAUCUCCCCGGGUCUAGGGUUAGAAUUGAGUGCAAGAAGAGGGACACCAACGACAUAUCAUACACCAUUGAAGGUGUGACCAACUCAAAAGGAGAAUACAAGAUCCUUGUAUACAGUGACCGCGGCGAUGAAGUCUGCGACGUGGUUCUCAUCAGGAGCUCUGAUCCAAUGUGUGCGGUUCCAGCUGCUGGCCGUGAUCGUGCUCGUGUUGUUCUCACUCGUAACAAUGGCAUGGUUUCUAACACUCGUUUCGCUAACUCCAUUGGUUUCCUUUCCGAUGAGCCUCUUGCUAGCUGCAACCAGAUCCUACAGCAGUAUCAGUUGACAGAGGACCAAUUUUAAAUAAUUUGGAUAAUAUUAUUAUGAAAUGAAUCUUUGUUUAUUUAGAUUUGAUGUCUAAAUUUAUAUGUAUUCACGUUUUGUGUUUUUGGAUAUUAAGUAUAAUGUGUCCUUUUAGCGUGAAGAAUUAAUUUUAAUUAAUGCCUUGCUUUGUUAAAGUCUUGAUAUGCUCA